AUGCCUCACAAGCAUAAAAGACGUCAAAAUGAUGCAGACAUCUACGACCUCCCACCAACGUUGAUCGCAAAGUCGCUUCCCGUCCGAGAUCCCCAUUCCAAACCCUCCCGCAAGAAGAAAGGCAAAGAUGCAAAGAAACCCACCCAGCCCGCUCGAAAACCCGAAUUUCACCGCAAAUCCACCGCAGAAGAUGAUACCCCGAAAUCCUUCCGCCGACUGAUGCAGCUCCAAAGCCAAGCCACCUCGAUGUCUUCGAAACCCGACGCCGGGCAGAGCAAGAAGCGAAAGCGAGGAAACGCGGAAGAGUCCGAUUCCACAGGGCGGAAACAGAAACAGAAACUAAAGCAGAAACAAACUGCAACCGAGUCACCGAAAGACAAUGCCCCGAGUGAGACGACAUUGUCGAUGCCGAAAAUCCUACCGGGGGAGAAACUGUCGGAUUUCGCGGCGCGGGUCGAUCGCGAGUUGCCGCUCAAUGCGAUAAAGAAGUCCAGUCGGCCUGCGUCGUCAGAUAUUCCGGGGUCCGAGGAGAAGCGACAGACGAAGCAUGAGAAACAUCUGCGCCGGCUCCAACGGCAAUGGCGCGAGGAUGAUGUCGCGAUUCGGGAGCGCGAGGCAGCGGAGCGGGAAGAGCGUGAAGCGGAAAUGGAGGAUGAGCUGCGACUCUGGAAGGAAUGGGAGCAGGAGGCAGGGAAAGGCAAGGCGAAGAAGAAGAACGCUCCCAGCAAGAGGAAGAAGAAGAGUAGCGACCAGGAUGGCGGCGAUUCGGGCGAUGACAAUCCGGAUCCCUGGGCGAAGUUGGCCAAGCGUGACCGGAUGAGAAAGGCAAACCCAUUCGAGGUGGCUGAGGCACCACCGCAAUUGACGAAACCAAGGGAGAUUUUUAGGGUCCGAGGCGGCGCGAAAGUUGACGUCGCUAAUGUGCCAGCGGCCGCAGGAAGCUUGAGGACGCGAGAGGAACUCGCCGCUGAGAGAAGAAAUAUCGUGGACCAGUACCGGAAAUUGAUGGCAGAGAAGAGGCAAUGA